AUGGCUCCCCGCGCGGCCUCUCCGGCCCUCUCGGAGAACGAAUUCGACAUUACAGGCGCGCUCUUCCAAAACGACAGCGACUCCGAGAUCGAGCAGCCGAAGCCCUCGAAGCGCAAGAAGGCGCCAGCAGCACAGCAGAACCUCAAUCUCGAUUUCCUCAACGAAGCAAAUGCGGCCGACUCCGACGAAGAUGACGAGGCCUUCAUCGCGGAACGACAGACGUCCGCGAACCGCAAGAGCGCGAACCUCAAGGGCCGCACCGUCAAAAAGGGCGGCGGCUUCCAGGCCAUGGGGCUGAAUGCGAAUCUGCUCAAGGCCAUCACGCGCAAGGGCUUCUCCGUGCCCACGCCCAUCCAGAGGAAGACUAUACCCGUUAUCAUGGACGAUCAGGAUGUCGUCGGUAUGGCGCGGACGGGAUCCGGAAAGACGGCUGCGUUUGUGAUUCCCAUGAUCGAGAAGCUCAAGUCGCAUAGUACGAAGUUUGGGGCGCGCGGGCUGAUCAUGUCGCCGUCGCGUGAGCUGGCGCUGCAGACGCUCAAGGUUGUCAAGGAGCUGGGGAAGGGGACGGACCUCAAGUGUGUGCUGCUUGUUGGUGGUGAUAGUCUGGAGGAGCAGUUUAGCAUGAUGGCGGGCAACCCGGAUAUUGUGAUUGCGACGCCCGGUCGAUUUCUGCAUCUGAAGGUUGAGAUGAAUUUGGAUCUGUCGAGUAUCAAGUAUGUUGUUUUUGACGAGGCCGAUCGGCUGUUUGAGAUGGGUUUCGCCGCUCAGUUGACGGAGAUUCUGCACGGGUUGCCGUCUACGAGGCAGACGCUGUUGUUCUCUGCGACGCUGCCCAAGUCCCUGGUGGAGUUUGCGAGGGCUGGCUUGCAGGAUCCUACGCUGGUUCGAUUGGAUACGGAGAGUAAGAUCUCGCCUGAUUUGCAGAAUGCCUUCUUUUCGGUCAAGUCGGCGGAGAAGGAGGGUGCUUUGCUUUACAUUCUGCAUGAGGUUAUCAAGAUGCCUACUGGGCCGACGGAGGCUUCACUACGUUUCAAGGGGCACAAGUCGGAUGACUCGAACAACAAGAAGCGCAAGCGAGAGAUGGACCGGAGUGUCAACAUGAAAGAAUCGCCAACGAAACACUCCACGAUCGUCUUCGCCGCUACCAAGCACCACGUCGACUACCUUUAUUCACUCCUCCGCGAAGCCGGAUUUGCAACCUCCUACGUCUACGGAUCCCUCGAUCAAACCGCUAGAAAGAUCCAAGUGCAGAACUUCCGAACCGGCGUCUCCAACAUCCUCGUCGUCACAGAUGUCGCAGCCCGUGGUAUUGAUAUGCCUAUGCUGGCCAACGUCAUCAAUUACGACUUUCCCUCGCAACCCAAGAUCUUUGUCCACCGUGUCGGUCGAACAGCCCGUGCCGGAAAGACCGGUUGGAGUUACAGUCUUGUCCGCGACGCGGACUGCCCCUACCUUUUGGAUCUGCAGCUCUUCCUCGGCCGCAAGCUCGUUCUCGGACGUGAUUCAGACAACGUCAACUUCGCCGAAGACGUGGCAGUCGGCAGUUUGCCUCGCGACGGACUCUCGCAGACCUGCGAGUGGGUGACCAGAGUCCUCGAGGACGACACAGACAUCUUCGCCCAGCGUGCCGUGUCCACAAAGGGAGAGAAGCUCUACCUGCGCACACGAAACGCAGCCUCUGCUGAGAGUGCCAAACGCGCAAAGCAGGUCGUGUCCUCAGACAACUGGACAGCCAUCCACCCACUUUUCCAAGACGACACAAGCAACCUGGAAGCCGAGCGCGAGAAGAUGCUCGCCCGGAUUGGCGGGUACCGACCGCAGGAAACAAUCUUUGAAGUCCAGAACCGCCGCGGCGGCAAGGGCGGCAAGGCCAAUGAACCCGACGAAGCCCUCGACUCCAUCAAGCGCGUCCGAAGCACAUUAGACGCAAAGAAGAAGCAGCGCGCACAAGCCGAGGAAAUGGAAGCCACGCCGAACACAGACGGCGCGGAUGAAGCCACCGGCGACGCCGACGGCUUCUCAUCAGAAGACGAAGGCGACAACAUCCCCGACAACAUGUCCCUCGCAUCCGAAUCCGACCUCGAAGUCACCUUCUCCUCGUACAAUAACUCCAACAACACAUCCAAAUCUCAAUCCAAGUCAGACGACACCGCCGCUGCCACCUCCUUCCAGAACCCAGAAUACUUCAUGUCCUACACCCCCGCCAACGUCAACCUCGCCGAAGACCGCGCCUACGGCGUGCACUCCGGCACAAACACCAACUUCGCGUCCGCGACCCGCAACGCAACAAUGGACCUGCAAGCUGACGAAGGCGGCAAGGGCUUCGGCGAGCCCCGCACAAUGAUGCGCUGGGACAAGCGGCAUAAGAAGUACGUCGCGCGCCAGAACGAUGAGGACGGGUCGAAGGGGACGAAGCUCGUGCGCGGCGAGAGCGGCGCCAAGAUCGCGUCUAGUUUCCGAAGCGGCCGGUUCGACGCGUGGAAGAAGGGCAAGCGGGUUGGAAGACUGCCGAGAGUCGGCGAGAUGGAGACGCCCGGCAUGGCGAAUGAGUUUGGGGGUCCUGGUGGCUUUGGCGGCAAGCGCUUCCGGCAUCGGAGUGAGAGGGCUCCUAAGGCUGCGGAUCCGCUGAGAGGGGACUACGAGAAGAUGAAGAAGAAGGGCGAGGCUGCGAGGGAGCGCGCGGCGAGUAAGGUUGGGGGCAUGGCGUUUGGGGGCAAGAGCGAGAUCCGCAAUACGGACGACAUUCGCAAGGCCAGGAAGUUGAAGCAGAGGCGUAUGGAGAAGAAUGCAAGGCCGUCGAGGAAGAAGUAG